CUGAUGUGUGACCGCGGGAACAUUCAAUUAGAUGAUUUGUGGACGCAGAUGUGAUUGACAGUCAGCUGAGCUGCUGAUUGGCUGAACUUUGCUCCGCGUCUUUCUCCUCAGCAGACAGCAUGUUUAAGGUCAACUGGAUCAAACUGAGCAGCAGUUCCUCUGACGUCACUGCCGGUGUCUUCCGUCUGUUCAGGCAAAAAACCGUCAAAUGACCAGAGAGCAGGGCUGCGGACAGAUGAUGCAGUGUGUUGUGGCGUGUGUGUUGCUCCUCGUCGGAUCAGCUGACGCUUUGAGACGUCUGGCCGACGCCAAACUAGACCCUGAAGUGCACAUGAACAUUACAGAGAUCAUCCACAGGUGGGGUUACCCGGCGGAGGAGCACCAGGUGGUGACGGAGGACGGGUUCAUCCUGACUGUCAACAGGAUCCCACGAGGACUCAAACACACUACAGGUCCGCGGCCGGCAGUCCUGCUGCAGCACGGCCUCCUGGCUGCUGGCAGUAACUGGAUCACCAACCUGCCCAACUGCAGUCUGGGAUACGUGCUGGCCGACGCCGGCUACGACGUCUGGCUGGGAAACAGCCGAGGAAACACCUGGUCCAGGAAACACCAGACGCUCCACCCAGACCAGGAGGACUUCUGGAAGUUCAGUUAUGACGAGAUGGCGCUGAAGGAUCUUCCAGCUGUUGUAGACCACAUCCUGAAGGUGACGGGACAGGACCAGAUCUUCUAUAUCGGACACUCGCAGGGAACAACUAUAGCAUUCAUAGCGUUUUCCACGCUGCCAGAACUGGCCAAUAAGAUCAAGCUGUUCUUCGGUUUGGCUCCCGUGGCGACCGUGGCGUUCACCAGCAGCCCCAUGACCAAACUGUCCGUCCUGCCAGACUUCCUCGUCUGGGAUCUGUUUGGUAGGCGGGACUUCCUGCCUCAGAGUAACGUGAUCGAGUGGUUCGCAGAGCACGUGUGCGCGAAGAAGCUGCUGAGCGAGCUGUGCGGAAACCUCUUCUUCAUCCUCUGCGGCUUCGACGAGAAAAACCUCAACAUGACUCGGACGCCGGUCUACACCACACACUGUCCUGCCGGGACCUCCGUACAGAACAUGGUCCACUGGGCUCAGGCCGUUCAUGGAGGGAAACUGAUGGCGUUUGACUUCGGAGCUGCAGGAAACAUGAAGCACUACAACCAGUCCACUCCCCCUCAGUACAACGUCCAGGACAUGAAGGUUCCCACCGCUCUGUUUUCAGGGGGACAGGAUACGCUGGCGGACCCUAAAGACGUGGCGGUCCUCCUCACUCAGGUGUCUAACCUGGUCUUCCAUCAGCACAUUGAACAUUGGGAACAUCUGGAUUUUAUUUGGGGUCUGGACGCUCCUGAGCAGAUGUUUCCCUCCAUCCUGAAGCUGCUGCAGGAGCACCGCUAGAGUCAGAACGUCUGAAUAACGUUUCAAUAACGUUUCAAUAACGUUUAAUAACAUUUUCAUAAUGUUUUCAUAAUAUUUUCAUAAUGUUUUCAUAAUGUUUAAAUAACGUUUUAAUAAUGUUUUAAUCAUGUUGUAUGUUGCAUUAAAUUGAUUUCCUGACAGCUGAUAACAGUAAAGUGUCCUUCAGGUGUCACUGAGCGCUCUGAGCCCUGGGUUUUGCCUCUCAGGCUACAUACAGUCUGUGUUAAUAGAACUGAUGCAUUUAUAUAAAAGAGACGUCUGUAAAACUGUUGACAGUUGUUACUGUUGAUGUUCUGAAUCAUUUUUAAUCCAUGAAGAUGUUUAUAAAACCGUCCCGGAGCCUCCAGCAGGACCAACAUCUGGAACACUGUUGAUGCUGCAGACGACUGAACGGGCGCCAUGUUGGAGUCCAUAUCCAGUUCUUAUCAUACAUCAUGUGUCAUGUGACCCUCACCUCACAGAUGGUACCGCUGCAUCGACAGUAAUACCUGCAGACAAAACUCAGGGCUGAAAUGUUUCCUACAUGUAGUUUUUUACAUUUACAGUCGAUGUUUGUAGUAAAGAUGCAGAUAAACUACGAUGAUGUCGUUGUUUUACAGUAUUAUUAUUAUUAUCUGACACAUGUAACAACAUCUGAAGCUGCUGUAACUUUAUACAAUCUGUCUGUUAGCUCAUGCUAACAUGCUAACAUGCUAACAUUAGCAUGUUGAUAUCUUUGAUUUAUUUGUCUUCAUUAGUUUUCAGUGUGGGAAGGACAGCAGCGACCAAUCAUGUGGCUGGAAUCCCCGAUGGGCGGGGCCACACUUUGGGCGCGGGGUCAUACUUUGGGGGGCGGGGCCACACUUUGGGGGGCGGGGCUAAACGGUUUCACAUUAGAAUCACUGAUUGUGCCUUUAAAUGAUUUCUGAUAUAAACUAAUAAAUAACUCUGAUCGACGUGUUUUUAUUAAUAAAGUUUUGUUUGUUUUGUAUUGAAAUAAAGUUUGAUCUGUUUUCUACAAAAUAAAAUGACUUCACAACAGU